AAUGGACCAACAAGAAGUUAUUAAGGUGCAGGCCCCUGACUCUUCAGGGUCUUGGGAUGGACACCAUCCUUAUUUGACAAAAGAAGAACAAGAAAAAAGUGAAACUGGUGUUGGUAGAGAAAGGUCUAGAAGCAAAGAGGAAGGAGAGGACUCUAAAAAGGUUCAUACUCCAGCAGCAGAUAAAGAGAGCUUUGUACAAGAAUAUAAGGAUCAAGUUUAUCAAGAUAACCUUACUUCUCAUGUGGGCAAUGAACUUGCAUUAAAUGAGAAAAGUAGGUCUGUUGUGUCAGACAUGAAAUCUGAAGGCAGGAGCUCUAAGAAAUCUAAUAGAGGAACCAAAGAAAAAAUAUCUUCUCUCCCUCUCGAGCUCUAUCAGAGAAAAGCUAUCUCCAAGCCAGUAAGAGGGAGAGGACAAAUAGUAGACCAAAAAUCCAAAGGAUACAGAAAUAAAUAAAAAUUCUCAAUCGGUCUCAGUAUCUGAAGACAACCAUGAGUCGGAGAUUAAGAAUACUGAUUCAGAACCAACCAAAGAAAUUAAGGAUACAGAACCUAUCCCAAGUCCUCCAAAGCCAACCCCUUCUAAGGUUGAAGAGGAUACCUCUGGUUUGAAGGAGAAAAGUAUCUAUUCAGGGAAUGAAAUAGUGAAUAUUGAGACAAACAAACAGAGUAAUAUUAUAGUGACAUCCAAUCAAGCUAGAUCACCGAAGAAGAUGGAAAAAUUUGGCUUUAAAAAGGGCAAAAAGCUGAGAAAAGGCAUGCUAUUGCAGAAAUAUAUCCAAACUUCCAGAAGUAAGACCAAGAAACCUAGGAAGGAGUUUAAUUUGAGAACAGUUAUGAAAAACCCUAAUAAGUAUCAUCAUGUGAAGUCAAUCCAUUUUAUGAGUGAGUCUCCGAAGAGAGCUAUCCAGAAUGAUUCUGAUAUAAGAAUGCCAUUUAUCUCAAAAACUGAAAUGAUGAAAAACUCUAAGCUUGAGAAGAAGUGGAAGAGUCACUUCUCUGGUACAGAAACGCACAGAGUGAUACAAAGUAGCUCAGGUCUGACUUAUAAUAAGGUUCCUCUUCCUGAGAUUUGGGGAGGUACAGAAUAUUUUACAAAGAAAGGAUCGCUUAAUAAUGUGAGAUCUAGACAAGCUAAUCAAGUUGAAAACCAAUUUAAGUCUUUAACCUCAACAGAAUAUCUCAAGAAAUUCCAAAAUCAACAAUUUGGAAAGAUUUCUGAGUAUGGCCAGACUCCUAAUGAAAUCUUUGCAUCAUUUUUGAGGUCUCCUGAUUUUACCAAACAGAAGAGAAAUAAUUCAUUGAAGAACACCAAAUCGAAAAAUGUAGACCUACUUUUAUCUCAGUCUAAAAAUAUGAAGAAGAUGGAAAAGAGAUGGAACCAACGCUUUGCUCUACCUAUUUCAGAGUACAACGAAAAGGUUUUCAAAAAAUAUAGGUUACUAUUUGAUAAAGUGUAAUAAAUUUGACUCAAACCCAUUAUAAAUCCAAUAUUCCUUCAAC